AUGAAUCCCUCCACUUUGCUCCCCGAAUCCUAUGCCAUGGAUUGCCCCAUCACCACAGAGGGCGACUAUAUGAGCUCUCAUGUGACCGGGUUCCCGACCGACGAAGACGACAGCAGCCAGCGAGUCGGACUGCUCGCCUCCAUGCCUGUCACCAACGGCGUGCGGUACCACGCACAGCAGGGUGCGAUGCAGGACUUACAUUACCCUGGCUCAACUGCGCUUGCCAUGACUCCUCCUGACUCCUGUUCCGAUUCGUUCUCCCCAACGUCUGGUCCUCUUUUUCCUCAUAUGGCGCAUCACCAGCAUCCAUUUGAUCGAAUGACAGAUUUCCGUCGGGUUUCACCUCUCCAACCUCCUGCUGGUAUGUCAGCAACGAUGCAGAGUCCAGCGCACGCGAGCUCUAUCCCGGCUUUAAUGGGACGCAGCAAUGCCUAUUCAUCAUCAUAUGCACUCCACCGGGGCAUGGGCUUGCCACUGACUGGAGUCAACGAUGUUUCCCGCACGCACGGUUACUCGGGCACCCCGCGAGCUGUGGAAGUCCUGGACCGAACCCAGACUCUGGUCCAGCAGCCGCUUGUGGAAUCCUCGCAGCGAUCGCACGCACAGGUGGAGGCACCACCCUUUGAGGAGACGAGCGUUCUCGAGUCCAUCGUGGCGGACUUCGGGGGCACCCAACAGGCGGUCAAGCCGGAGGUCUAUGCGAAAAUUGGACGCGGGUUCUUUGCGUCUGAUAAUAAGUGGACCUGUUAUCGCCGGAAUUAUUUUGCUGUGACUUGCAGUUUCAGUUUGCAUCCGUGGCCUUCGACCGUUCCUCUCUAUGUUCGCCAUCCGGAUCAGACUCUAGAGCCGAUUCGUGGCUUUGCAAUGUCCAUUUCUGCUAUAGUUAAUGGGCAGUAUGGGGAUACGCGAGAACUUGUUCAACACACGCCCAAGCGAGAUAAGCAGUCGGAGCGCAAGCCAGGCCGAGUGGUCCUACAGCCUUCCCCGCCACAGUCGUUCACAUCUGCUUCAACCGGGACUGGAGCCCACGCUUUUUCCCUGGGCUCGCAGUCCUUGGACUAUCACUCCUCCUUUGCCGGGGCACCGCAGCCCUGCCAGCCACCGCAAUCACACAUGUUUGAGCGGAUCCAGUUCCAGAAGGCGACCGCCAACAACGGCAAGAGGCGUGCCCAGCAACAAUUCUACAACCUCGUCGUCGAGCUUCACGCCGAGGUUGCCGGCCCCGUCAGUGGAGAAUCCCGGUGGGUUCUUGUGGCCCGUCGACACUCUCAGUCCAUGGUGGUGCGCGGCCGCUCCCCAGGCCAUUACAAGGACGGGCGACGUGAUAGCACGGCCAGUAUGGGGCCCGAGGGAGGUAGCGGGGACGGCAGUGGAAGUGGUCUGCCGCACGGGAUGGGACAAGCCGCACGCUCGCAUCUGCUUCUAUUCGAUUCCGCGCAUCGGGGAAGCUUGCCCUACGGCCGAACCGACUAUCGCCAGAUGCCGACGGCCGAACACUCCCCUCUGAGCGACAGCCCGCUCGUGUCCUCCUCGUCCUCGUCGGGCUUCGACUAUUCCAUGAUGAACGACACCAUGGACCCGAUGGACACGCUGAAAACCACGCCCACAUUGGACCCCUACCAGGACCCAUUUACCGGAGUCCCUCCCCACGACCGCCCCAGCAUGGGCGGUUAUGACCCCGUCUACUCGACCUACGCCCGUUACGACCCGAUUCAGAACUCGCAUAGCCUGUGCACCUAG